GGGAGGUUGUCAACAACUGGUCGGGGAAGAAUUUGGUCAGCCAGUUGGUUAGUUUGCCGUGCGUCUCAGAGUAAGAUUUGUUUACAUAUUUAUAUCAUAAGGUUUGACAUUUUAGACAGCCCCGCCGUAUUCACGUGUUAGUCCAGUAAACAGCUAUGGACGAUAAAGUUAUAGAAACCAGCUAACGUUAUCUGAAUGAAUGUCUUUCCGUCAGUUAAAAUUGUUUGAAGUUGGCUCGUUCCAAGCUAGCCACUACGCAGCUAACGUUAGUACAGUGAGGUCGGGCUGCUAUUUAUUGUGAGCGUAUGAUAGCCUGCAGUGGGGUUGUGGUCAGCCAUAAACACAUCACCUCUGUCGAGCUGCUGUAAACGUGUAGAGGUCCCCCUUGUUUUGGACGAGAGGAGCUCUCUGAGAUACUCCGCCAUGGAUCCAUUUGACAGCAACAGCACAGAGCGAGCCAACCUGCCGAGGAACAUGAUUGAGAACAGCAUGUUUGAAGAAGAGCCUGAUGUUGUUGAUUUAGCCAAGGACUCCACUGCAUUUCCGACAUUUCCUGCUCUUGACCCAGAUGAAGUGGUGUAUGAGCCUCGUAGCUCACGGUUGCUUGUGCGAGGCCUGGGAGAGAAUGAUAUGGAUGAGGAUGAGGAGGACUGCGAGUCUUCAGCCCGUCUGCUGGGCAUGUCUUUCAUGAACCGUAGCUCUGCUCACAGAUCCAACUCUUCUCCGUACACCAGACAGGCUCCACCCAGAUCAUGUUCACGACCCUCAGCCCGUACCAUGGUUGUUUGUGUGUUGUUCCUGGUGAUAGUGGCCUCCAUGACCAUGGUACUGUACUUCUUACCUGGAUGCAACUUUACCAGGGCAGGUUGUCCUAAGACAAACAAGACCACACCCAUAGAGACAGUAUACCCCAUCUCAACAAAUGGCAAACUAUUUCCAUGGGCCCAGUUCCGGCUGCCUCAAAGCAUACAUCCUCUCAGCUAUGACCUCACCCUGACCCCAAACCUCGACGACAUGACCUUCACUGGCCGCACCGUUAUCAAUAUGUCUGUGCAUCACAACACCAACUGCAUUGUCCUGCACGGUGCUAAUCUCAACAUUACCAAAGCAACCUUCAAGCUGGGUGAUGGGAAAGCCAGCGAUGUGACUGUACUGGAGUACAAACCCAGACAGCAGAUAGCCGUUAAAGUCUCUGAUGAUCUGAAGACAGGCCAGUACUGUGUUUUGACUCUGCAUUACUCUGCCAACCUCUCACAUACCUACGAUGGUUUCUACAACAGCUCAUACACAGAUAAAGAUGGAAAGAAAAGGGUCCUAGCUGCAACUCAGUUUGAACCACUAUCAGCCAGGAAGGCCUUCCCUUGCUUUGAUGAGCCAGCUUUCAAAGCUACCUUCCAGAUUCAAAUCAUCAGAAAACCAAACUACAUGACUCUGUCCAACAUGCCCAAGGCUAAAUCAACAACACUUACCAGUGGCCUCGUGCAAGAUGAGUUUGAAAAAACCAGUGUCAAAAUGAGCACUUACCUGGUGGCCUUCAUUGUUGCUGAUUUCACCCCGAUCAGCAAAAAUGUCUCAAAAACUCUGGUGUCUGUAUAUUCUGUGCCAGAGAAGAAGGAGCACACUGACUACGCUCUGAGCACAGCUUCCAAACUGCUGGAGUUCUACAAUAACUUCUUUGAAAUCGACUACCCCCUCAAAAAACUAGACUUAGUAGCCAUCCCAGACUUCCUGGCAGGGGCCAUGGAGAACUGGGGACUCAUUACUUUCAGAGAGACCAGCCUGCUGGUGGGCAAACAGUCCUCUCCUCUGGAGAAACAAGUAGUUGCCUCUGUCAUAGCGCAUGAGCUCGCUCAUCAGUGGUUUGGAAACUUGGUAACCAUGAGCUGGUGGAAUGACCUGUGGCUCAAUGAAGGCUUUGCAACUUACAUGCAGUACAUGUCACUGCAGACAGUGUUUCCCAAGCUGGACAUUGGUAAUUUGUUCCUGGCAGUGCGUUUCCGAGCUUUGGACAAAGAUGCACUAAACUCCUCUCAUGCUGUAUCGACAGAGGUUAAUACACCAGAGCAGGUGGAAGAGAUGUUUGACUCUGUCUCGUAUGAAAAGGGUGCAUCCAUUCUCCUGAUGCUGAACGCCUGCCUGCUCGGGGAGCAGCAGUUCAGAAAGGGUAUCAUUCAGUAUCUAGACCAGUUUAAUGAAUCAAACACAGACACUGAUGGCCUCUGGAACAGCCUUACACAGGUUGAGGUCUCGACGCAGCACCUGAAUGUGUCAGAGAUGAUGAACUCAUGGACAUCACAGAAAGGCUUCCCGCUGGUCACUGUAAGCCGCAAGGGAGAUCAAGUGACCCUCACACAGGAGCACUUCCUCCUCACAUCUGACAACACCACACACACUUCCAGCCUAUGGAAUAUUCCAGUGACUUAUGUAAACGACAGCUGUAGUUUGGCCCCCGAGUGCAGACAGGUGUUCACUCUGAAGACCAAGUCAGGCACUCUUAAGCUGCCAGAAAGUGUAAAGUGGCUGAAGUUGAACUACAGAAACACGGGUUUCUAUAUCGUCCACUAUGGAGAUGAGGGCUGGGAUGCUCUUACAGCAGCUUUGCACAGCAAUGUCAGUGUUCUUACACAUGAGGACCGUGCCUCACUCAUACACAACAUCUUUGCUCUAUCCAGACUGGGACGUGUGUCCUUCCAUCAGGUCCUCAGCCUGUUGAACUACAUGUCCAAUGAAACAGAGACUUCUCCUGUGACUGAGGCCUUGUUACAGCUCAGUAAUAUCUACAGGCUGCUUGACAAGAGACAAGAGCAUGGUCUCGUGUCUCGCAUGAAGGAUUAUAUUCUGGAUCAUUUUCGCUCUCUGAUGGACAAACAAACAUGGGAAGAGGAGGAAAGUGUGUCUAAACAGGAGUUACGCUCAGCCCUGCUGGAGAUGGCCUGUAGUCUUAAUGAAGAAAACUGCACUCAGAAAGCCAAAGCCCUGUUCAAAGAGCAUGUUAAGUCCAAUGGGACUAUACGGAUACCAGGUGAUCUGCAGCGUGUUGUCUUCACUGUGGCUGCUCAGUCAGAUGAAGACUGGGAUACUUUGCUCCACAUGUACGCACAUGCCACCUACGAUGCAGAGAAGAGAAAAAUGUUACAGGGCCUGGCAUCAACUCAGAAUGCGCGGCGAUUAGUAUGGAUUCUAAAGGCAGGUCUGAACGGGGAUCUCAUCCAAACACAGGAGUUGCCUUUGGUCAUCAGCAGGGUGUGUAACGGCUUCACUGGCUACUUGUUUGUCUGGGAUUUUAUACAAGAGAACUGGGACCAACUCAUAGAGAAGUUCCCUGUGGGCUCCUUUGCCAUCCAGACAAUCAUCAAAUCUGCCACCUCCCAGUUCUCCACACAGGCACACCUUGAUCAAGUACAGGGUUUCUUCUCCGGCCUGAAGGAGCGUGGCUCUCAGAUGAGGAGCGUGCAGGAGGCUUUGGAAACCAUCAGACUGAAUCGCCGCUGGAUGGACCAGAACCUGUCUACACUCCGAAAAUGGCUCUAAUACAGGCACUCCAUCCAGGUCUCUGCUCCGCCAACAGGCGAACUGGGACGAGUCGUCAAGACAACAGCAGUGUUUGCACUAUUGUAGGACUGUGUCUCCUAACUCCCUUCAUCCAGGCCAGAGUACUAAACAAAGCCAGAGGUUGUCCUCGACCUGGGUAGACAAGCGGCGUUUGAUUUUCUGAGAUCGGUCCUGUGAGUCGUAUUUGUUAGCUCAGGGUGGCUCUGAUUGUGUGUCUGACAGGGAGUCGUCAGAUGCAAACACACACUCCUCACACUUAUGCUGUCGACCAAACCUCUCCUCCGCCGCUCUCAUGUAAACCUCAUGCCUGAACAGACAAUCAUGCUUCACCCACAUUUCUUUCGCUCAGCUUGCUCUCAGGCACUUAACUGUAUGAGCUGUAUAAUGGCCACUUCAAAAAGAGCAAGUAUGAAGAAUGUCACUGUUACUGUUUCUGUAUGUAAUGUCAGUCAGUCCUGGACUUUCUCUCACUUGUCAGAUUAUAUGUAGAUUCAGCUGUCAGGGAUUCCUCAGUGAUAAGAAGUUGAAGUUGCAGUACUUGAGAGACGUUUUUAUUCUUUAACCUUGUAUCGCUGUGUUAUGAAAAUCUGUGUCAAAACGAUAGCUGCCUGUCAAUCUGUACUCAAUUUAUUCAUGCAACCUGAAGCAUUUACUAUAUUUGUCAUGGUUUGACUAGAAGAUUGGUUGAUUGAUUGAUUGAUAGCUUAAAAUACCAAACUUGUGUCAGCAUCACUUGAAUGUACUGAAAAACCUUCCCACUGUGUACAGUAGAUGGCGUACUGCACAGCAGCGCAGGUUUAAAUCAACAACCAAUGUGUCUUAGGUGAGAGCAGGCAUUGCACACUGGAGCCAAAUGUUCUUUUCCCUCGUCCUUUCUCUUUCUUUCUCUAACAGUCAUAAGCCCAGUUCAGCUCUGAUCAAGUUUUAUUUUGAUUGCUUUUUCUUGCCUGCGUUGCAGUCACUGUACAGACUCGUUCUCUAACUCUGUGUGCUUAUAAACUUGUAAUUAUAAUGUAAAUAUGCUUGACCCAAUAACCCUUUUCCCUGCGAUUUUGGAUGUACUGUUUUAAACAUCUAGACUUUUAACAUUUUAAGAUUUGCUUUCUGUUGUGUAUAUAUAAUGUAAAGGGGAAAUGUAUACAUAGAACUGAUCAAGAGUCUUGGUCACAUACUUUUUACUGUAUUUCCUGAUUUAGACCACACAAAGGGGUCCUUAGCUGAUGAAUGUUUUUAAGGGCUAAUGUGCAUACUGAAGAUACGAAGUGUAUGGAAAAACAUCUAUAUUGGGCAUGUUUAAUGUGUCUAGUAAGCUGCUCAUCAGCCAAAUAAAAAUACAGAAGGGUUAUAGUUGCUCCGAUGUUAACCAGCUGUGUUGCUCCUGAGAGUGAAGAGUAGCCGAGCUAUUUAUUGAGAGAGUGUCUUUACAUGUUUCCCAAACUAUUGCUCCAACAUGUUAUUUAAAUGCAGUUGUGCACUCAUCAAGAGCUUUAUUUAAAGUGAUAAUUGUUCACUUCGUCACUGUCAUUACAUUUUGUGUUUCUUUAGACAUCCUGGUUAUCCUCAUUAGACUUGUGUCUCUUGUUUUUGGUUUUCACAAUGUUCAAAGCCUCUUUGUGUCAUUUAUGUAAAAAUUAUGGCUGGCAGGAAUUUUCAAGGUCAUGAAGAAUACAAUCACCGGUGUGGGAUCAUGUGCUUAUCUCUGUUCCUAUUGGUUAGUUGGGGUGGCUGUGCAGCAUCAGGGUGUAGUAGUGGAACUUCAGCAGAGGUUUGGUUUAGAUGAAGCUGAAAAAGAAAAGUACUGGAGGAGGCACCUGGCCGACUACACCCUCCCCAAGUUAACAGUAUGAAGGAUCAAAACACAGAGAGUUGAAGAAGUACUAAUGAUUAAAUCAGACAGUUUAGAUUUGUCUACAUUUUGUCAACAGUAGUGCCAUUGACUUACUCCAUCCAGUCCAUCAUAGUUUCACAGACUGUGUGACACUGCUGUGGAAAAGUGUUGCUUCCUAGAAUAAGUACAACAGGAUGGCAUACUGAUGUAUCAAAAUAUUUUUGAGUAGAAAAUAACUGUUCCAUGUGAAGUCUGUUGUAUUACUUUUUCAGCGACAGGCAUUUUUGAUGUCAUUCUUACAGAUCAGGUACGGGGGUUGGUCAAAGUUGUUGAAUCAGUGAUGAGAGGAUUGUAGUAGUGUACCACAUGUGCAGUAAAGCUGAUCAGAUUGUCUUUGUUCUUGCACUGGGAUAAAAUGCUGCAGACGCUUUCUAAAACUGUGUUGCUCUUCAUGUGAACAAAAUAUAAAUAAAGUUGUUUUCUGAAAA